CCGCUUGCAGGCGCGGCUCCGGCUCUUAACCGCGACGCCAUGUAAUUGCCGCCGUCGCCAUGGAGCCGCCCGACACCAGGGUUCUCCUUCCCUCGCCGGCAGAAACUCCAGAUCCCCCAUUAUUGAAUGAGGCUGUAAGCGCUCCACUGCCAAAUCUAACGCCGAGACAUCAAGAACUCAUCCCGACUCCUUGCGGUCCUAUCAAACCAUGGGCAGAACUAUCCGCUCCGGUCAAGAUCUACUUCUGCAUCACCCUUAUCUCCCUGUUGAGCAUCAUCGGGCUCACGGUAGAGAACCUCGUCCAGCAGAAAGACGAAGACUUCCCCGUUUCUCUCAUUCAGCUAAUUGGAGUCGUUUUCUGCAUUUACUACGUGAGCCGAGGGAUCCUCCAGGAGAACCGCCAGGAGCUCAGCGUCUUUAUCCUCUCCAUCGCGCUGGUCGUACUGCGCUCCGUCGUCAACUUCACUGUGCUCCCUGCCAGGCAGAAGCCGAAGUUGCUUGCCCGCUUUGUCCUGAUCCUGAUCGUCGGGGCCUUUGACGUGAUCUGCGCCGUCAUCCUGAUGCAGAGCGACAGCAUGAUGGCCUUCCGGGUGGGCGGGGCGUUGGAGAGCCUCCAGGCCCAGUACUUCAUGCUGAACCUCUGCUUCUCCAUGCUGACCUUCGACCUCCAGGCUCAGCUCUGCUUGUGCGUUCUACUUCUUAUCUCGACCCGGGAGAUCUCCUUUCUGCACAGCGUCCUCUUGACCGUUGGGAUUCUUUGGGCUGGCUUGAAAGUCACAUGCGGCAUCAUUGCGAUCUUAAAAGAAUUAAAACCUCUAGCCUGGAUUUUUCUGGUUCAAAAUUUACCUGAAGUGGCUUAUCUCGCCUACCUGCUCUACACAGUGGUAACUGACUGGGGCCGAGGGAAUUCGUACGCCCUGGAAGCGGCCGUGAUCACCUGCUCCUGCAUCUCUGUGGGCAUCAAAGGCGUCCUUCUCUGGGCGCUGUUCCACGUCUACCGCAGCUUUGGGCAAGGACUGAGAGAAAGGAUGUUUUCUUCCUAUGGAAGGAUUGAUUCCUGAAAGGAACACGUCUCGCCACGAUGCUCUUAUAGAGCGAAAAGGGACUCCAGGAGGAUCUGCUCCCUGACCUUCCCCAAAUCUGGGCUUUGGGAAAGCCAGGCUGAGGUGGGUCUCACCCGCCCGGCUCCGUCAAGGAAGCAACAUCUGGUGUCCGUCACUGAGCCUCCACUCAUUGGGUUGUUCUCGUUGACCUGUGGGACUCCCAACCUCAUGAGUAAUCAGUAUUACUUCACUGUGUCCCAUUUUUCAGAAACAUGGAGUCGGAGGUGUCACAUAACGAGCUGUGGCGGCUCAUGAUCAAUGGGGCAGCAUUUCCCUUCGCUCCAAUUCCCCAUCUGAAUACAGGCUUGACUUCGCCUGAAAAGUUACGUUUCUGGACUACAGCCUCCAGCCACAUUGGCCAGGGGAGGGGGGAGCGGCUUCCAUAGUUCAGAAAAGUAACUUACCAAAAUUCUGAUCUUCCUGGCCGCCACAGGCUAGGUAGAUCCUUUACCCAGGCUAAAGAACCACACUGUUCUCCAGACCGGCCUCCUUCUGGACGUGUGGUCUUAACUCCCUCCCUGCUUCCCUGGGGAAAGGCAAUUAGUUGCUUUGGGGCUGCCGAAUGCCUUAGAGUCACUCUGGAUUCGUCCGCAAACCCCAGACGCUCAUCUAAUCACAAUCUGCUCAGCAAGGAGACGCAGGCUGUACGUUCCGAGCUGUACACACCUCCACAAAAAUGGCAGAUCCGGCCAUUUAAUGGAUUGCCCUGUUUUGAAAUCCCAAACGCGCCGUCACUUCUGGAAGUUCCCCCUGCUAGCCUUUCGGCCAAAACUUCCAAGUCCUCCCGGCAAGCGCUUUGGCAGUUUGCUCGCGCCCGUUGUAGCUGUGUGGCUCGUUUCUUGCUAAACUGGUUUCACGAUGGGGGGACAAUGACACCAGAGCUGACCUGCCCUCAAAUCUUUAAUUUCGCUGCCUCCUUUCGGAAUAAUCGAGCACCUGCCAUGAGGGCGCAUCCUUGAAUGUGCUAUUUCACAGCAGAGUGGUGUUUGUUUUUUUUAAAAAAUGUUUAUUACUGUCAUUUCAAAGCUUUGUUAUUUUGCUAAAAAGCAUCAGGAACAGUAAUUUAUUAAAAAAGUUUGUUACUAG